AUCAGCAAGAACCAAGGUCAUUGCCGUAAUUUCGUAGUCAGCAUUCAACAAACCGGCCCCGUCAGAUAGUCAGUCACUGUCGGAACUCUUCUUCUUCCUCCUCCGGCGUCAUGUCCCUUUUCUUCGCCCCCGCUCUCGGAGGAGCAGCCGCCUUAAAAGCCAUUCCUUCGCCGCAAAAGAACCACCGUACCAGAACCUCCGAUCAGCUCUACCUCCUCUCUUCGCAAAUUCACUGGCUCAAUGCCUCCCCUUCUUCUCUUCGUCCUCUUCGCUCCGUUCAACAACGCCUUCGAGUUCGGGUUUCUUCAAACGACGCUCACUUCAACUCCAUUCCCGACAAGAACGAACCGUACAACCAGAAACGACAGCAGCAGCAGCAGCAACUGGAACCGAGUUUUACAGAGUUCAUCACUUCGGAGAGGGUGAAAGUGGUGGCGAUGCUUGCUCUCGCUCUUGCUCUGUGUAACGCCGAUCGCGUCGUCAUGUCAGUCGCCAUCGUGCCGUUGUCCCUCGCCAAUGGCUGGAGCCGCGCUUUUGCCGGUGUCGUUCAGUCGUCUUUUCUCUGGGGUUAUUUCGCUUCACCUAUAGCUGGAGGUAUGUUGGUUGAUCACUAUGGCGGCAAGGUGGUCAUGGCUUGGGGAGUGGCACUGUGGUCGCUGGCUACUUUUCUUACUCCCUUUGCUGCGGAGAACUCGCUUUUGGCACUGCUUGCUGUUCGUGCUUUGCUCGGCAUAGCUGAAGGAGUUGCUCUUCCUUCCAUGAAUAACAUGGUGGCCAGAUGGUUUCCUCAAACUGAACGCGCAAGGGCUGUUGGAAUUUCAAUGGCUGGGUUUCAGCUUGGAUGCGCAUUAGGGCUCUCACUUUCUCCAAUCCUUAUGUCACAAGGUGGUAUAUUUGGUCCAUUUGUGAUUUUUGGCUUGUCUGGGUUUCUUUGGGUCUUGGUAUGGUUAUCUGCAACGUCCAGCACUCCUGACCAAAGUCCUCAGAUAUCACAAUAUGAAUUGGAGUAUAUAUUGAAUAAAAGGCAAAAUUCUGUUGCCGUUGAGACAGCAAAAACCAGGAAAGUUAAAGUGAUCCCUCCUUUCAGGCGCUUGUUUUCUAAGAUGCCAACAUGGUCUCUAAUUGUUGCAAAUUCCAUGCAUAGCUGGGGGUUUUUUAUUGUUCUUUCUUGGAUGCCCAUAUACUUCAACUCGGUAUAUCACGUGGAUCUCAGGCAUGCAGCAUGGUUCAGUGCUGUUCCAUGGGCUGUGAUGGCUAUCAUGAAUUACAUGUCUGGCUUGUUGUCCGAUAUGAUGAUACAAAGUGGCACAAGUGUCACUUUGACUCGUAAAAUUAUGCAGACCAUUGGUUUUGUUGGUCCUGGAGUUUGUCUCAUCGGGUUGGCAACAGCAAAGAAUCCCUCCGUUGGUGCUGCUUGGCUUACUGUAGCUUUUGGCCUGAAAUCUUUCAGUCACUCUGGCUUUCUUGUGAACCUUCAGGAGAUUGCACCAAAAUAUUCUGGCGUUUUACAUGGAAUUUCAAAUACGGCUGCAACAUUGGCUGCUAUAAUUGGAACAGUUGGAGCUGGCUAUUUUGUUGAGCUAGUUGGUUCCUUCCCAGGAUUUCUGUGGCUUACAUCACUUCUGUAUUUUCUUUCUGCUCUUUUCUACUACCUCUUCUCAACUGCAGAGAGAGUAAAUUUUGAUGAUCCUGUUAGCUGAAGAGUAUCAGAAACGGUAUGCUGCAUUGUACAGAACAAUCUCUUGUAGUAUAUGAAAAGGAAAUUAGAUGAAGAAUGGAAAAAAUGGUUACAUUGUGAAGUUGUUCUUUUCCUGUAAAACAGACUCUAACCUUCUUCAAUUACCUGGCGUAUAACCAUUGAUGUAUAAUUGUAUAGUUUGUUUUUGGUCACCCUUGAUGGUAUUUGUUUUGGGUGCAUUUGGAGUUCUAGGUUUUCUCAGAUGUGGAAAAUAUGCUAAACAGGGUAUCCUUUUCUUUGCUUCUAAACAUCUUUCUAAUAAUAACUGA